UUUUAAAGGAGAGUUUCGGCCAGCUGUGGAAAAAGGGCCACAGUCGAGUUAUUUCUAAAGACUAUAAAGAUAUUAAAAUGGGGAUAAACUCUGGGACUGCGAACAUUUUGAGAUUUGUUUAAAGCCUUUGUUCGACUACCGGAGGUUGUCUUGCGUUUGGUUUUAACAUGAUUGCCCUUACUUUUUUACGCUGAAAAAAAUACAAGAUGGGUUAAAAUACAUUAUUACGUUAAGGUUAUAACUCGGGUGGAAAAAUCAAUUUUAUAUUUAUUUUAAUGUCAACCGUCAGUGGUAAUAUGGACAAGUGUAUACUAGUCCUUCCUGUAGGAAUUUCAUGUUAAUCCGUUUUCAGGAUGAGUGAUGAAGUUUCGAAAAUGGUUGUAAAAACGGAAAUUGCUAAGCCUCUUCAUCAUCAGCAGUUAGAGAAGAGUUUGGACAUUGAAUCUUUUUUGACUUUUGUCGAGGAAUUUUUGAAACAGCCAGUAGGAGAGGAGGGAGAAGCUUCCAGUGACUCAGAAACAGAAUUAGCAGGCGUUGAUGCUUAUACGGGGGAAACCAUAUGGAAUGGCGUUACAACAACUAAACAAGACCGUAUAUCAGACAAACUUCGCCUUUAUAACAUUAACAACGUUGGGCCGGACAGACGAUGGCUGCAAGAUGUCCUCCUCAGUGACACAUCCGAUUCAUCUGACGAUGAGAUCACUGAGGAGGAUCUCAAAGUUAUGCUUAGGCAACAUGUUAUGAUGAAAAAACAUCGGAAUAGCUUUUAUAAACAUCAAAAGAAUCGCCAGUACCAGUAUUAUUCGACAGGAUUACUAUCAAACUAUGACAAGUUUCCUGAACAUCAAAUUGCAACUGCUGGUUUCAAUAAAAAGAAAAGGCUUUCGCAGAAAAAGGAAAAAAUUAAAGUCGAACUUCCUGAAAGUUUUAAUUUUGAUGCGAAGAACCAGACUAAAAAUAGUAUUGAAGAAGACAUAAAACCUCUUUCUAAAGCUAAGAAAAAUGUAGCACAUAAAAAGAAAGUUACUCAGUCGAAGGCUGCAGAAAUAAUGUUGCACCGUAGAAGAAAAAUAUGGGCAAAUAUGGCAAAGAAAGAAGUGGGGAAGGUGCAGAGGUAUAAAAUGAAUAAUCACAAGGAAGUAUUGACUAGUUGCAAAAGAGUGGCAAAUUAUUGUAUGAGGCAUUGGCGCCAGAAGGCAAUGCAGUCCCAGAAAAAUAUGAAAGAGGUUAUUUGGCGAGCGAAAAGGCUCACAAGGGAAAUGCAAAUGUACUGGAAACGCUUUGAAAGAGUUGAACGGGAAACAAGGAGAAGGAUGGAAAAAGAGGCCGAGGAGCAGAGGAAGCUCGAUGUCGAAUUAAUGGAGGCAAAAAGGCAACAAAGAAAACUGAACUUUUUAAUCACCCAGACUGAAUUGUAUGCCCAUUUCAUGUCUCGAAAACUCGGCGGUGGGUCUGCUGAAGAGCAGCUACGAAUUUUAAAUCAAUUAGAGGAAGAUGCAAAUCCACGUUUGGCUGGUAUCGACGAUUACGAUUGUGAGGUGGAGAAAGAUAAAGUGAGAAUAAAAGUUGAAAAGGCUUGUUCUGCUGAAGAAGAACGAGCAAAAGAAUUCGGCCUUCUGAUUAAGAAUCAAAUGGCAAAUUCCCAAACAAAACCUGAAGAAGGACCGGAUAAACCACAACCAACCAUAUUCAGAGGUGUUCUGAAAGGUUACCAAAUUAAGGGAAUGACCUGGCUAGUCAAUCUCUAUGAUCAGGGAAUAAAUGGAAUCCUUGCCGAUGAAAUGGGUCUUGGUAAAACUGUCCAGUCCAUUGCUUUUCUUUGCCACAUUGCUGAGAAAUAUUCGGUUUGGGGACCAUUUCUCAUCAUUUCUCCUGCAUCUACACUUCACAACUGGCAGCAGGAGAUGGCAAGGUUCGUCCCGGAUUUUAAAGUUGUACCGUAUUGGGGAAACCAACAGGAGAGGAAAAUUUUAAGGCAGUUCUGGGAUCAAAAGGACAUUCACACGAAAGAAGCCAGUUUCCACGUCGUCAUAACAAGUUAUCAGCUUGUUAUCACCGAUUUUAAAUAUUUCAACAGGAUCAAAUGGCAAUAUUUAAUAUUGGACGAGGCUCAAGCAAUCAAAAGUACUCAGAGCAUGAGAUGGAAACUUCUGCUCGGUUUUAAUUGCCGUAAUCGUCUUCUUUUGAGUGGAACACCGAUUCAGAACAGCAUGGCUGAACUGUGGGCCCUCCUUCAUUUCAUAAUGCCUUCCAUGUUCGAUUCACAUGAUGAGUUCAACGAAUGGUUUUCUAAAGAUAUUGAGAGCCAUGCUGAACACAAAACAAGCAUUGAUGAAAAGCAUUUAUCAAGACUGCAUAUGAUUUUGAAACCGUUUAUGCUUCGUCGUGUCAAAACAGAUGUUGAAAAUGAGCUUUCAGAUAAGAUAGAAAUCAUGGUAUAUUGCCCCUUGACAACCAGGCAAAAACUUUUAUAUUCAGGUCUUAAGAAAAAAAUAAAGAUUGAAGACCUUCUACAUUCAUCAGGGUCAUACCAAUCAGCUCAGAGCAUAACAUCAAAUUUGAUGAAUUUAGUUAUGCAGUUUAGAAAGGUUUGUAAUCAUCCUGAAUUAUUUGAAAGGCGAGAGCCGUAUGCACCGUUGACAUACUCAAGUGAAGAUUACGUUGUACCAAAAUUGAUUACUGAUGAAGGACUCAUGCAAACAAUGCUUCAAUCCAAAAAGCAUAUUUUAUACAACUUGUUGUCAAUAUUAAUGCCGGAUUACAUUAAUUCAUCGCUUAAAAAUGAUGACAACAGUUUGUUUAAUUUCACAAGAAUUGUUGGAGUAUCUCCUGGCGAGUUAUAUGACUUAACUCUUGGAGGGAUUUUGAAUAGAUUGUUGCAUUUAGCAUUGGUUAACAAAGAAGCUCACAAUUGGAAAAGGAAAAGAUGUUUUUACAAAGUUAGAAUGGUCGAGAUUCCAGAUGAAUUUCUCUUUGUGUCUUUACAAAAUCAGGUUUAUUGUCACGACACUGUGGUGAUUAAUUCAGUACCUGAAACUCUAGAGCAUAGGAUAAUGCGUUCUAAAAAAAUUGAGGUUUCAGGUAAAGCGGUAAAUGAUCAGAUACCACUUCUUCCAGAGUUUGAUCACAUUCCUAGAAAGCCUCAGAUAUUAAAAUGUCAUCCUGUUUCUUUUCCGCCAUUUUUGAAAAUCCCAACUUUAAAGGUUGAGAUUUGCAAAUCGAGAGAAAUGUACAGUGCAAGUAGAAGUUGGGCGAAUUACUGGAAUAGGCACAUGAUAUGUGAAGGGCCAGUCGGUUCUCAGGUUUUAUGGUAUGGAAGUCCUGAACUCGCACAACUUGUUCACAGCUCACGGUUUUUCCCAGUUUCACCAGGCGGUCUUCUUGCUGUAAGACCGAUUCAUGGCUGGUCUAAUAUAUCUGUGCCAGAUAAACAAACUCUCGUGACAGAUGCAGGAAAGCUUUAUGUUUUGGAUGGCCUCCUUACUCGUCUGAAACAGCAAGGCCAUAGAGCACUUAUAUAUUCUCAGAUGACUAGGAUGAUUGACCUUUUGGAAGAAUACAUGUGGUACAGAAAGCACACAUAUAUGAGGUUAGAUGGCUCAUCGAAAAUAUCAGACAGGCGUGAUAUGGUGGCUGAUUUUCAAACAAGGGCGGAUAUUUUUGUGUUUCUCCUAAGUACUCGAGCGGGAGGUUUGGGAAUUAAUCUGACUGCUGCUGACACUGUAAUAUUUUAUGACAGUGAUUGGAACCCCACAGUCGAUCAACAGGCAAUGGACAGAGCUCAUAGGUUGGGUCAGACUAAACAGGUGACUGUGUACAGAUUAAUAUGCAAGGGGACGAUUGAAGAGAGGAUACUGCAAAGAGCUCAGGAAAAGAGUGAGAUUCAACGGAUGGUCAUAUCUGGAGGAAACUUCAAACCGGAUACGCUAAAGCCGAAAGAAGUUGUUUCUCUCUUGCUCGAUGAUGCAGAGAUAGAACAGAAAUAUCGUCAGAAGCAAGCGGAAAGAAAACAGAUAGAAGAAACAAGGCAGGAUGUAAGAGAUAGGGAACGUAAAAGGAAACAUGCCAUCAGCAAUUUAAAGGAUUCAGCUAAACAAAUUAAGACUGAAGAGGUCAGUGUUGAUCCAUCCCAAGCCUCUAAUGCAUUAGCUAAUCAAGCAGUACCAUCUACUACAACUGUAAAUAUAAGUUCUGAAGAAACUGUACAAACGUCAGAAACGACAAACCCAGAUAUACCAGUAAUUAGACGUCCAGUUAAAUCAGAAAGGGCAAGACCCAAACGAGGAAGGCCUCCCAGGAACCCGUUGCGAGGUGGCCUGACCAGGCAGAGUGUCCCGGGCAUCCUCCCCUCUGUUGGUGCUGUGAAGAGGGGUCCGGGUAGGCCGAGGUUGAAGCCAGCAGGGCCAAGCAACCAGGGCUCAAGGGGGCCCAAAAUUGGAAGGGGCACAACAAAACAACACCUCCCUGUGCCGAUUCGUUCAACCCAAGCAUCAUUCCAACCCCCUCCUCCUUUACAACUAGAAUAACUUUAAAACGUCUGUCUGUAUAUAGUUUUACAUUUUACUAGUCAUUAUUUUUAAAUUUUGCCACAACUGCCUUGUGGAACUCAUUUUAACAUUAAA